CUCCACAGCUGGGAGGAAAGCUGCUAGCAAGGCGGAGAGGGGAGGGGGCUUAGCCUCCGACGGGGGGGCGGUGACAUGUCUCUCGAAGACCCAUUUUUUGUAGUCCGAGGCGAGGUGCAAAAGGCGGUGAACACAGCCCGCGGGCUGUACCAGCGCUGGUGCGAGCUCCUACAAGAGGGCGCCGCGGUCGGACGCGAGGAGCUGGACUGGACAACCAAUGAGCUGCGGAAUGGCCUGCGCAGCAUCGAGUGGGACCUCGAAGACCUGGAGGAGACCAUCGGCAUAGUAGAAGCCAACCCAGGUAAAUUCAAGCUCCCAGCUGGGGAUCUGCAGGAAAGAAAGGUGUUCGUGGAGCGGAUGCGGGAGGCAGUCCAGGAAAUGAAGGACCAUAUGGUCAGUCCAGCGGCGGUAGCCUUCAUGGAGAGAAAUAAGAGAGAGAUGCUGACAGGCAAACCAGCCACCCAGAAGUCAUCCACUGACUUGCUAGAUGCCAGCAUGGUUUCAGCCUCCUCUCGCUACAUUGAGGAGCAGCAGGCCACGCAGCAGCUGAUCAUGGACCAACAGGACCAACAGCUGGAAAUGGUGUCCGGGAGCAUCCAGGUUCUGAAGCACAUGUCCAGCUGUGUUGGAGAGGAGCUGGAUGAGCAGGGCAUCAUGCUAGACGCCUUUGCUCAUGAAAUGGACCACACCCAGUCACGGAUGGAUGGGGUCCUCAGGAAGAUGGCCAAAGUAUCCCACAUGACAAGUGGUAGGCAAAUGCCUUAGCCAUGGAGCUGAGUGGUCACUUCUGAAUGGUCAUGCAGAGGUAAUGCUGGACUCCAACUGCACACCUGGUUUCUUGUUCUCUGUGUGAUGGAUGUAUCACUUCUAACAAGGCAGCUUUUGUAAAUUUAAGGGCUUUGCCAUAGAACCUUCCUGGGUAUGAAAUGGUUCCUGUAAGCCAGGUAAACUUGUAAGUACUGUGACCCUUAGAUUGUCACUAGUUUGCACCCCCCCACCUUCAGCGAUCAGACCCGGGAACCUGCAUCUCACCCACAUACGUGUUAUGUAUUACAUAAGUGCUGUAAUACAAGGCUGUUAUUCCACCAUGCCAAUUUGUUAAAACCUUAAAAAAAAGACCAAAAAUGUACAGAAUCACUUUUUUGCUAUUGUGUGGGUUCUCUUGAUCCAUUCUAUACUUAGAAAUAUUUCUGUCUUUCUGGGGCUAAAAGUUGUGCUCUGAGAGUCAGGUCGGACAGAGCCACCUAUGGAUUUUUGUUGGUACUGCUCUCAAAGCCCCUUUCUGGCAACUGAAGCUGGUCUUCAGGACUCCAAAGAGGCUGAUCUUACUGAAACAUUCAAGUCACCCUGUGAGGUGGAAUACAGUUAACUUUGAAUAACACAGGUCUGAACUGUGGAGGGCCAUUUAUACACCAAUUUUUAAAAUGAAUACUGUAAAUGUAUUAUGGUUUUCUUCAUCUUUUCUGUAGCCUAU